AUUCCUGUUUCAGGCGCCUUUACCAUCCCCUCCACCUUCUCCCCACCUGGCUCCUUCGUUCCACUUGUCCCCUUUCUCUUCUGUCUCCUUGCCCUCCAGCUCCAGUCCUCUGUCCCCUCCCGGCUCCUUCGCCCUCCACUCUCCCUUUCCUCUCCAGGUGCGCACCCCCUGCGCCCUCGCACCACCCUGCGCUUGCGCUCCGCCCCCGCGGGCGCCUGCGGGAAGAGCUGGAGGAACUUUGGCGGCUCCGGGUGCAGUUCGCGCGGGAUCCCGGCUCGCAGGCAAACACCCCACGGGCUGGGAUCCGUGGCUGCGCUCGCCUGCCCUGAGGCCCCCUCUUCGCGGCCGCGGCGCCGUGAUGGGCUGCUCCAGCAGCGCCCUCCACAAGGCCGGCGACGCCAGCAGGUUCCGCAGCGGUGAGCAGGGGACCCAGCCUCCCCCUGGCCCGGGCCUCGGGAUUCGGGUCCGCUCACCCCCCGGAGGUCUAAAAGUAACUUCAAAUGAACACUUUUCAACCAAAGAAGAGAAUGAAUCCUGCUUUGCCCAACCCAAACCAUGUAAAAUGGGAAGUGGACCCAGUUUUUAUGACAAUGUACUAAGAGAUAGCCUUCCUCCAUUAGAAAAGCUCAAGAUUCCCAAGGCAUCUAUGGCUAAUGGCGUUAAUUUGCUUUGUGAACAGCCCCUGGCCUCCUGGGGAAAGGAUGUAGCAGACCAACCAGGGAAGACUCAGCUUCUGGAGGGACCUGAGGGGUCUGAGUCCCCUCAGCCAGGUGGCAGAGAUGAUAUCCCAGGAAGAGAGGAAAAGAAUAAAGAUGCGGAAGCAGUGACAGAGAUUCAGUAUUUAAAAGGAAAUGCUGAGACCAAAUCUUUAACAACAGAAGCCAGUGAUCAGCCUUUGAGAACAGCAGGAGAGAGGGACCCUGCUGGAACAGUGAAAGGUCCUGAGAACCCACGAACUGCCAGAGAGAUGAAACCUCUAGAAACAUCUGAGGAAAAGCAACUGCUGGAAACAGCUGGAGAGCUGCAAGCUCAGAAAACAGGGGGAAAUGAUGAACAGCUCCACCUUCCAGAAACAGUUCCCAAAGGAAGUGAAUCUCCAGAAAUAUUGGAGGAAAGUCAAUUUGUGGACACAGCUGAAGAGCAGCAACUUCAAGAAACAGGGGGAGGAGAUGAGCAGCCCCAACUCCUAGAAACAAUCCCUAAAGAGAAUGAAAUGCCAGAAAUGCUGGGCAGAAAUCAGCUUGUGGAAACAGCUGUAAAGAAUGAUUCCCUUCAUAAAAUGCCUAAAGGUCCUGGAAACAUGGAGCAGAUCCAACCUGAGGGAAUAGUUGAAAGCAUGAAGCAACAAGCAACAGAAGCAAAUGUGGAAAUGGUCAGAAACAUUCACACUAGUGAAGAGGACCAGCAAGUUGAAGGUGAGACGGGAGAAAAGGUUGAAAGUGAGGUGGUGAAUGAGAAAGUAAGUGAAAAGGCUGAAAAGAAAGAAGAAGAAACAGGAGAAGCUGUGGGUCCUUCAGCAGCCACAUAGUUAUGGUGAUGGAAGGGUGAACAGACACAGCGUGUUACUACAGAGAAAGCAGAAAAAUGGAGUGACGCUUGUGGUUAUAGACCUUAUCUUUCAACAUCUACGUGUUUUGUGUACCUUUAUAUAACUGUGGUCAUAAAGGCACUGUUGGAACCAUGAGAAUGUUAUCAUGUUCUUGAUUAUGUCUUUUCAUAAAAUAGCUAAGUCACAAACAGUUUUCUUAGCUACUUAAAAUAGUUAUACAUAAAACUACCUUAUCCAGAGCCAAUAAAAACUAGAAUAUAUGAUCAUUCAAGAGUGUGAGGGUGACUUUCCCUAUUGUGGCAAAGAGUCCAUGCAAUAUAGAAAAUAGAACCUAAAAAGAAAGUAUAAACCUUUAGGUACUGGUGGUUGGAGAAAGGAGUUAGCAAAUUUUAGGCAACUCACAAUGAUAAAGUCACACGUUUACAACUAUGAAUGAAUAAGAAUGAACAACAACAACAACAACAAAACAAACUAUAUCCAGGAUUUUUGUUCUAUCACAGAAUUUAGAGUUGGUAGGAACCUUAGAAAUUAUGUCAUCUAAUUACCUUCAUCUUGAGUCUAUCUACCAUAGAUCCUAUGAAUAUGGUAUAUUCAGUAUGAUAAAAAAAAACCCUUUUCAAAGAAAUGCAAACUCUGGUGCUGUUGC